GUUCAGGGAGACCAAGAUUAAUAAGAAAUGAAACUCUGAAAAUCAUUUGUCCUCGCUAAGCGGCGCCCCUUGCUAAUUGGUCAUACGGAGCGCGUCAGUAGCAGCACAGAGUUCCCGGACUACGGUGUGUACUCUCAGCAGCAGCUGACAGCGCUUUCACUUCUGCGAACUUUCCCUGGAGUAUAAUCCUGUGCUGCUGCGGCUACACAACCCGGAAGCGGCGUUACACCGAGAAAUUUUCAGCACUAUGAGAAACCACUGGACACUUCUGCUUGUAUACCUUUUUACCUUCUUCACUGCCGCUCAUGGUAACUGCACAAAACCUGACCCCCUGGCAUAUGGGCAGCUGAGUGAUGAAUUUAUCGAUAAAGUGGAUUUUCCUGUGAAUACAACUGUAACCUAUGUUUGUGUGCCUGGCUAUAUUUCUGUUCCUGGGAUCAGUAAAAAUAGAACUUGCUUAAGUAACUCAACGUGGUCUACUCCAGAAGUGUUCUGCACACGUAGAUCAUGUCCAAGCCUUCCAGAUGUACAAAAUGGAGAUUUUAAAGCUGAUGAUGGUUUCCUAUUUGGAUCCACAGUGACAUACACAUGUAAUAUUGGAUACAGACUAGAGUCCAAAAUAGACACUAUCAUAUGCCUAGCUAAUGGAGAUUGGAGUCAUAUUCCACCUACCUGUGCUGUCCAAGAAUGUCCUCCUCCACCUGCAAUUACCGAUGGAAAGUAUGACCCUACUUUGCUGGAUUAUGUGUACCUAAAUUCUGUGACCUACAGCUGCAACAGCGGCUUAUCUCUUAUCGGUAGCUCCUCUAUUUACUGCACAGCUCAUGGAAAUUGGAGUUCUGAUCCUCCUCUGUGCAAAGCUGUUGAUUGCGCUGAUCCACACGUCCAAAACUCGGUGAGACUGUCUGGAUUUACUGGCCCAUACACUCUCCAUUCUGCAAUAACAUUUGAAUGUAUAAAAGGCUACACGAUGGUUGGGUAUUCUCUUAUAACGUGCAAUGCUAGUAGCUUGUGGGACCCUUCUCCACCUACUUGUAAAACCAUUGUCACAGAGAAGCCAACAACCGAAAAAGUGAAACCAACAGAAAAUACAGGUUCUACCACCACCACUCCAAAACCAGCAACCACAAAGAAGACAGAUGCAGACUCUGGGGCAGGUAUUGUCACCCAGAAGCCAACAACUGAAAAAGUGAAACCAACGGACGGUACAGGCGCAGGAGGACAUGUUGGUGCUAUUGUAGGAGGAGUUAUCGCAGGAAUUGUGGCUGUCACGGCAGUCGCUGUUUUUAUUUGGUGGUGUAAGAUUAAAAGCGGGAAACCUUAUAGUGAUCCUCACAGUGUCACUUAUGGGACUUGUGCUAAGUAAUGGAUUCUGAAAAUGGAGGAAUAUGUCAGAUGUGCUGCUACCAUGGAUGCUUUUGGAUGAACCACAUAGUGCAGCACUGAAGAUUUCACAUCAUGCUAUGGCCACUAUUUAAUGCAUUAAGUGGACGUUAUUCUCCAGUUUAUUGUCUGGCUGUUGAUGCGUAUUUUUUCUUUAUUUUAUUUUUUUUGCUAAAUUUGCACAAGAAAACUCUUUUGAUUCUUGUUUUGUAACAAAAAAAGGGGUACAAAUUACUUGUUUAAUCUAGAAAAUUGUUUCUAGGGGAAUACACUCCUGCAAUUUGCUUUAGGUUUGUUCUACAGAUAUUUCAUCACCCUGUCUUCAGAAAUGCUGUAUUAGUACUGCAAUGCACAUUGUAUGUAACUGUGAAUUUGCAAGUAUGAAUGAAUUAAGUCUGUGAAGACCCUUUGCACCACUAAAUGGACUACAAAAGAGUAUUUUAACAUACCUCACAUAUUUUAUGGUCUUCUAUGUCCCGCACAAAAAUAUGUGUACAAUCUGUUAGAAAAGGAUCCAUUGUGAAAUGUUAUGGUUUGCAAACUACAGCAUUAGCCACAUUACUUUGCUCAGGUAUUAAGGCUAUAGACUAAAUAGCACACUACCUGUUUAAUAAGUUUAGAUUGCUAAAGCUGCACCAGAAGUGUAGUCUGUCCACUCGAUAUUCACAGAUCGGUAUGUCAUGGCAGAAAUGCUCAAUGGAAUAAAAUAAUUGUACUGCAGUGGCGCUAACACAGAUAGUAUAUAGGAACCAAAAAUGUGUUAAAAUCCAAGUUCAAAUCAACCUAAUAAGGGAUGUCUUUGACUCUUUUAUACAGUUUUGAACACCAUUGACAGCACAGCAAUAUCCUUCCUCCUCCUUCUUAGUAGCAUAGGCAGGGGGAUCCUUUCUUAUUCAGCACAAACACUCCAUGCCAACUUUUCCACCCUCCAUAAAUGGCAUCAAUGUAAAAGCUCUCAAAAGCAAACAACUCCUCCUUUAAGGAAAGGGAAAUACAAAGCACUCCCAUUUAAUAAGCACAUAAAAGCAAAACCAACAGGUGGAAUCCUUCUGGGGUUUACUUGCUUCAAGGAACUAUGCGAUUACCCAGGCCAAAUGGUGAUGGUAUUUAAGAUCAAACAGGUCCCAUACUCUCGCACCCAAGAUAAGCACGAGUUGACUCCAUCCUUGGUCCUCUUAAGAAUACAGCAUCAAUGCUGCCAUCACAUACCGAUUGCGAGUAUGAAAAAACUCAUAACAGCCAAGGUGCAUAGCAUCAAAAUGUAAUGGAAAUAACACUAUACAGUAUAUAUUUGACAGAACCACUUGUGGCUGAACAGACUAAAUCAAAAUGCAGAAUUAGGGUAUGUCUCCUUGAAAAUGCAAAGACAACAAGAAAGAAUUAAAUAAUGGCAUGCUACUAAUGAUCUUGGGGAGUAUCUGCAACUCUUUGCCACAAAAAGUUGUCUUUUAUCUACAAGAAUAUUCAAAAGCAAUGUUAAUAAUAAAAAUAUACUUUUCCACAA